AUGGUGGCUAACACUACCUAUGCUGUCACCAUUUGGGUUUCUAGCAUUCUAGGCAGCGACUCAUACAUCAAGCUUCUAGCAAAGAUUAUCGAUUUUGAUGUCCAACUUCAAACCAGUUGUGUUAUCAUCGACUAUAACAAAGCCAAAAAAAAGGGAGCGUUACACCUUCUGGGACGGUAUGUUUUUAUGACUGUCUUGUGCGUCUACUACCACUUCAGUCGGGCGAGGCCCCAAUUUGCCGAAAAAAUAACAGAAAUAGCAUUUAUUUUUCUGAUUGUUUUGAACUCAGCUGUCUGCUAUCAAGCAACGGAGCUAGUGGCGACUCUAAAAACUCGCUUCGUGCUUUUGAACAAGCAAAUCACCACUUUGGUCGAAUCUUCUACUACAACUGUACCAAAAGUCGAUCCUCAGCAAAUCCAGAAGGACUUCGCUAUUUUGUGUAAAGUUUGUACCUUGCACCACCAUUUGUCCAAAUGCGUCCGGCGCUUCAAUCAGGCUUUUGGUGUCAUUUUGCUAGCAAUGUUUGCUGCUAGCUUUAACUGUAUUGUUCUUUGCUUGUUCUACACUAGUGUUGCUUUACAAAUGACGGUUCUCAAUUGGGAUGAGGUGUUUUAUACAGCUGCUGCCAGCGUACCUUUCAUCGUUGAUUCGAUUUUCGUGUGUCACGUUUGUUAUACAACCAUAGAAGAGGCGGAUAAAGCUGGAGAGCUUAUCCACAGAAUUGAAACCGAAGAUCACGACACGAUCGACGAAAUCGAGAUGUUUUCUUUGCAAAUGGCUAACGAAGAAGUCGAAUUUAGUGCCGCUGGGUUUUUUCCGGUUAACUACACUUUGGUUUUUUCUAUUAUUGGAGGUGUUACAACGUACAUAAUAAUUUUAAUACAGUUGAGUGCUACUAUUGGCAAAGACCACUGA